AUGGGAACUUCGAGUGCAAAUGACAUGGACGUGGUCGUGGACGUGGACGUGGACGUGGACAUGGACAUGGACAUGGACGUGGACAUGGACGUGGACGUGGACAUGGACGUGGACGUGGACAUGGACGUGGACAUGGACGUAGACGUGGACGUGGACGUGGACGUGGACGUGGACGUAGACGUCGACGUGGACGUGGACGUGGACGUGGACGUGGACGUGGAGAACUUGGACGUGGACAUGGACGUGAAUGGGACAUGGACGUGGACAUGGACACGUGGAGUGGACGUGGACGUGGACGUGGACGUGGACAUGGACGUGGACGUGGACGUGGACAUGGACGUGGACGUGGACGUGGACAUGGACGUGGACAUGGACGUGGACAUGGACGUGGACAUGGACGUGGACGUGGACGUGGACAUGGACGUGGACGUGGACGUGGACAUGGACGUGGACGUGGACUUGGACGUGGACGUGGACGUGGACAUGGACGUGGACGUGGACGUGGACGUGGACGUAGACGUAGACGUGGACGUAGACGUGGACAUGGACGUGGACAUGGACGUGGACGUGGACGUGGACGAAGACAUGGUCGUGGAUGUGGACGUGGACGUGGACGUGGACGUGGACAUGGACUUAGACGUGGACGUGGACGUGGACGUGGACGUGGACGUGGUCGUGGACGUGGACGUGGUCGUGGACAUGGACGUGGACGUGGACAUGGACGUGGACGUGGACGUAGACAUGGACGUAGACCUGGACGUGGACGAGGACGUGGACGUGGACAUGGACGUGGACGUGGACGUAGACAGGGACAUGGACUUGGACAUGGACGUGGACGUGGACAUGGACGUGGACGUGGACAUGGACAUAGACAUGGGCGUGGACGUGAACGUGGACGUGGACAUAGACGUGGACGUGGACGUGGACAUGGACAUGGACACGUCCACGUCCAUGUCCACAUCCACGUCCAUGUCCACGUCCAUGUCCAUGUCCACGUCCAUGUCCAUGUCCAUCUCCACGUCCACGUCCACGUCCACGUCCAUGUCAUUUGCACUCUAA